GCGGAUGACUGGAAUGGAGAGGAGAUUGAGUUGGAUAAUGUUGAAUUGGAGGACAGUGAGAGCGAGGGUGAGGGUGAGGAGGCUCACACCAUGCUCGAAACGGGGCCCCCCUCAACCAUAGACCAUGAGGGACAAGAGACAGAACCGGACACUGAAGAGACCGAAGAGACCGAGGAGCUAAAAGAGAGUGGAGAGACGGAGGAGGUGGAAGAUGACACCGGUGCAGAGGUGCAGGUCAUUCUCCAAGCACAGCAAGAAGGCAGGCGGACAAAGCUGCCCGUCCCCGUCAGCGGGGAGGAAGUCAGUCUCUGGGCCGUGCUGAGGAAGAACGUGGGCAAGGAUUUGUCCACCGUCUCUUUCCCUGUGACGUUUAAUGAGCCACUGAGUUUGCUUCAGAAGCUGGCUGAGGACCUGGAGUAUGCAGAUCUGCUUAUCAAGGCCGUGGCAGCUUCAGACCCUGUAGAACGCAUGUGUUUGGUCGCUGCGUUCGCAGUCUCAACAUAUGCGUCUUCUCACUAUCGCGCUGCUCGGAAACCGUUCAACCCCAUGUUGGGCGAGACGUUCGAGGAUAUCCGUCCUUCCUCUCGCUUCGUAGCUGAGAAAGUGUCGCACCACCCACCGGUGAUGGCCUCCUAUGCCGAGGGGGAGGGAUGGACCUACUGGGCUACGAGCGGAGGGAAGAACAAGUUCUGGGGAAGGAGCUUGGAGAUCAUACCAACUGGCACGACACACUUGAAGAUCGGAGAAAACCAUUAUCAGUGGCAAAAGCCCAGCAGUUUCAUGAGGAAUCUUAUGGCCGGCCAGAAGUACGUUGAGCAUGUGGGCCAGAUGACCAUUUCCGAUGCCUUUUCCGACUUGUCCUGCGUGCUGGACUUCAAGGACUCUGGAUUCUGGGGCUCAUCCAGGAACGCUGUUUCUGGUUCUGUACGCUCCUCGGAUGGUGCGAUGGUCGCUACUGUCGAGGGCGCAUGGCACGAGAGCUUCUCUCGUCAACUGGAUGUAGACAUGCUUAGCGUGCUAUGGCGGGCGAACCAGAUGCCUCAGCAUGCAGAGCAGUACUACGGCUUCACGACAUUUGCGAUGCAGUUAAACGAGCUUCUUCCAUCAAAUAGAGCGUUCCUACCACCUACUGACUCCCGCUUGCGGCCAGACCAGCGCGCGCUCGAAGAAGGUCGUGUAGACGAGGCUGAAGUGGAGAAGCUGCGCUUAGAGCAGGAACAACGUCAAAGACGGAAGGAGAGGGAGGACUUGGGCAAAAGCUGGGAACCCCGUUGGUUCUCCCGCGUGCCUGGACCGAGCGGGCUCGGCGAGGAAUGGGUGUACAAAGGCGGGUAUUGGGAGACAAGAGCGAAGAAGAUGUGGGACAAUCCUGGACUUUGGUAG